UUUCUUGUUUAUACCAAACGUCAACCUUGAGCAACGCGCAGAUCAGAAGUAUUAAGCCUUGCAGAUAUGCCCUCAAUCACAAUUCCUGAGACGAUGAAGGCCUCGGUCUUCAAAGGCGCACACGACAUUGAGUACACCACUGUUCCAACUCCGAAGAUCGAGUCGCCAAAGGAUGCAAUCUUGAAGAUUGAGGCCAGUGCUCUGUGUGGUACGGAGCUUCAUAUGUAUCGUGGUGAUGUUGUUCCUAAACGUGCCGAUUACAUCACAGGCCACGAGUUCAACGGUACAGUUGUUAGUGUCGGUGAUGAAGUGCGCGAUUUCAAACCUGGUGAUGAUGUUCUGUGUACGUUUACAUCCCAGUGCGGUGAAUGUUGGGCCUGUAAGGAUGGGUUAAGUUCGAGCUGUGUCGAUUCGAAGGUCUUUGGCACAUGGGCCUUGAACGGUGGCCAAGCAGAAUACGUCAGAAUUCCAUAUGCUGAUCAUUGUCUAUUCCCCUUGCCGAAAGGUAUGAAUCGUAAUACAGCGCUAUUGAUGAGCGACAUCUUCCCCACAGGGUGGCUUUGCGUCAACAAUUACUUCAAGAAAGUCCUCUACGACAAGAACCACAUUGCAAACGACGUCAUACUUCAACUAGGUGCAGGCCCUGUGGGCCUGUGCUGUAUCGCUGCAGCAAGGGAAAUGGGUGUUAACCACAUUUACGUUGCAGAUAGCGUUCCAAGUCGUUUGGAACAGGCCAAGGAACUGGGGGCAAUCCCUAUAAACAUCAAUGAGGUUGACAAUGUUGCUGAAUUCAUGAAGGAGAAGACGGGCGGGAAAGGUGCAGAUGCCAUCUUUGAGUUGGUUGGUAAUGCCGGUGCACUGAGAACCGCAUUUGAUAGCGUUAGAUCCGCAGGGUUUAUCAGCUCUAUUGGUUAUCAUCAUGAGCCUCUCCCAAUGGACGGACUGGAGUGCUAUCUAAAGAACAUUUCCAUCCAAUUCGGGAGAUGUCCCGUGAGAUCCAUAUUUGAAGAUGCUUUCAAAGUGUUUCAAAAGAUUUCAUAUAAAUUCGACAAAUUUAUCGACCUGGAGAUGCCUUUGUCUGAAGUGUCUGAUGCCUAUGCUGUGUUCGACAACCAUAAGGCUAGAAAGAUUGCGUUCAAAAUCGAUCAGUGAAGUUGCUCCUACACCGCUAAAGAAUGGGAACACGCUCACAUACAACUUCUGACAUGUCACACGGCGUAGACCAUCAGU